AUGGGCAAGAAAGCACACGGAGGAAAGAUGAAACCUGAGAUCGACGAAAAUGGUACUCUGCUAGUACCGCCACCAAGGACGAUUGCGAACCAGGACCAUUUCCAUAGAUUAAACUACCUCUACCAAAUAUCCGCUUACCAAACAAGAGCAAGACAGAAAGCAAGAACAGACGCACAUACGCCUUUGGCACGCAAUUAUAUCAAAUCAAUGGACCUAAUUAGUAAGAAAACCAAGACAUCACUGCUUCCUACGAUAAAGAGAACAAUUUGUAAAAAAUGCCAUCGGUUGUUAUGGACCCCAAAAAAACUGGAAAUCACAUCCGACGGAGCGCUUUCGGUAAUGUGUGGGUGCGGUACCGUUAAACGUUUUAAUAUUGGCGCCGAUCCUAAUUACAGGACCUACUCGGAGCGGGAGGGUAAUCUACUAAAUUCUUAG